CCCCAAGUAACAUCACCACAGCCAAAAUGGCAUCAAAAGCGACAAAUACCAUCCUUUUCCUUCAUGCCACCAUUAUCACCAUCAACAACGCCCGUGAAAUCAUCCACGAUGGCUAUCUGCUCGUCCAGAACACCCGCAUCGCCGCCAUCGGCCAAUGCCCCGCGCCCGCGGAUAUCGUUCCGGACGUGACAAUCGACUGUACCGGCAAGAUCGUCCUUCCUGGGCUCGUCAACAUCCACGCACAUCUAGUUCAAUCCCUCCUCCGUGGUCUGGCAGAAGACCUCCCGCUGCACAACUGGCUCUGCGACGCCAUCUGGCCGCUCGAAUCGUCCUACGAGGGCAAAGACGGAUACCACGCCGCCAGACUCACUAUCGCCGAGAUGCUCAAGACAGGAACCACUUGUUUUCUGGAUCCAAUGAUAACCUAUCGUGCGGGAUGGGAAAGCGUGUGUGAUGCUGUGGGCGAAAUGGGAAUCCGGGGGUGCUUGGGCAAAUUAGUCAAAUUCUCCGAAACAAACCGCCAACUAUCCAUCACCGAUCCGCGAGACAAAGACCUCCUUGCCAUGUCCAUUCCCGCUCUCAUCUCCGCACACCAACAGCACCAUGGCACCCACAACAACCGACUCCACGUCUGGGCAGCAGCAGGAACACCUCGGGGUGCACCCGCAUCUCUAUAUUGCGAGCUUGGAGAGAGUUGUGCAGAACAUGGUAUCUCCAUAACGAUGCACUGCGCAGAAGCCCCCAAAGACCGAGAAAUCUACCACGAUCUAUACGGGUGCAGCGCUAUGGAAUUCAUCCAGAACACCAAGCUUUCCAGCCAGGCGACCACGAACCCCGGCAAAGAGAAGAGUCAUAACUUGGUCCUAGCGCACAUGGUCAACCUCGAUCUUGACACAGAUUUGCCUCUAUUAAGCGCAACGCGUACUUCGAUCGCGCAUAACCCGAGCUCGAAUCUCAAAUUGGCGUCGGGGGUGGCUCCGGUUCCGGCUAUGCUGGGGGGUGAUCUUGCGAUCAACGUGGGGCUGGGGACCGAUGGCGCGCCCUGCUCGAAUCAUUACGAUAUGUUUCAGGAGAUGCAUCUGGCGGCUAUCCUGCAUAAGGGGGUUUGUCGGGAUGCGACCGUGGUUGGUGCCAGAACUGCGCUGGAGAUGGCUACCAUCAAUGGGGCGAGAGCGCUGGGGUUGGAGAAUGAGAUUGGAUGCCUGGAAGUUGGGAAGAAAGCGGACCUGGUGGUGGUGGACCCGUAUGGAAAGGGGGGUCUGGGGGCUGCGCCGUGGGAUUGUGACGAGGAGGGAGGUGUCAGUGCCAUCACGACUGUGGUCCACGGGUGUACUGGGCGAGACGUGGAUAUGACUAUGGUUGAUGGGAGGGUUCUGGUUGCUGACGGGCGGCUGGUCGACGGGCAAGAACUGGAGAUACUCCGCGCAGCCAAACUGGCUAGUCGGGGGAUAAGAGCACGCUGUAGUCCUCUUAUUUAAACUCCUUCACCCGUUGAGGUGUUGCCACAAUCAAAAAGAUAUAGAUCAAUUGCAUAAUUACUCG